AUGACCACCCUCACACUCCAAGCCCUUGCGACCGCAUAUUCGAAACUCUCCCGCAAGUGUCGCUCAAAGCGAGAACGCAGAGUCCAUCCCACAGCGACCAAGACCUCAACCUCCCUUCCCGUCGACGCCACGACACCACCACCACGACCACCAGUUCCCCUCAUCAUCAUCACCGCCCCGUCAACCAACAGCCUCGCCUCCACGAAUCCCACCCUCCCCACCGCCUCUAGCCACAACAUCACCCGCAACCGCACCACCACCACCCCAUCCGACCGCCCCCGCUGGCCUGCCUGCACCAAAACCGACCCCCCCUCCCCCUCCCCCUCCCACGCGCAACCCAACCCAUCCCACCACAGCACCCGCUCGCAACGCGCGGCCCAACCCACCAAAGGCCGCGACGCGCUCAGCCGCAGCAACACCGCCGACACCACCACCAACAACGACAACAACAACAUCUCACGCUCUCAGCAAACGAGAAACAACGCCACCACACCGCAGCGCGAUUCCGCCGCCGCCGCCGCCGCCGCACGUCUGACACACGAACAAAACGCGCUGGAAGCGGCAGGAGCAGAUCUGAGGCAGCGGCGACGACUGCGGCGGUGUCGGAAGCAGGCGGAGGAGGAGGAAAGGUGGUGGAGGUGGUGGAGGUGCGGUAGUGGGAAGAGCCGGCGGCUGAGGGAGCUGAAAAGACUGCGUGAGGAGGAGAUGGAGGAGGAUGAGGAGAGGAGCUAUGUGAGGCGCUGGCUGGAGGUGGUGGAUGGUGGUGGCGGGCACGGGGAGCGGCAGCGGCAGCGGCGACCGGAGAUGGGUGGGAGGCACGUGUCGUCUGGGAGCUUGCCGGGUCGGGAGGGUAGUUUUGGUAGCGAGAUGGAUGACCGGUGGGCGCACCAUCGGCGGUUUGCUGAGCGGAUGGGGCGGAUUCGGAUUUUCGGCGGCGCGGGAGGAGUGUGA